CGGCCGCCCUGGCGACAGCGAGUGAACCGCGGGGAGCUGGGAAGCCCGGCGGCGCGGCGGCCCCCGCCGCCUCUCCCCCGCCCCGAGCCGGCACACGGCAGGUCUCUGCGGCGGGACGUCGGGGGCGCUUCCUCGCCAGUUUAGAAAUGAUCUACCAUAUUUGCAACCUGCAGUGCCACAGAAAACAUUAGAUCAGAUCGGAUUUUUAGAGGAGAAAACCCAGAUUUUUCAAUCUAAUGUCAUAACACUAACUCAAGAGAAUCAUCAUUGGAGAUUUUUAGAAAAUGAACUGAAGGAUGCUGUGCAAGAGAAGAAUCGCUUGAGCCUUCAAUAUGCUAGUCUGUCCCACAAAGCACUGCAAUAUGACCAGGUGAAAUCAGACUAUGUUCAGCUUAGAGAAACCCUCACCAUAGUGACCAAAGAACGAGAUUUGGCUGUGAAGGAGAAACACCAGCUCCAAGCCAAGCUGGAGAACUUAGAGCAGGUCCUAAAGCAUAUGCGAGAGGCUGCUGAACGGCGGCAACAGCUGGAGUUGGAGCAUGAGCAAGCCUUGGCUGUUCUCAAUGCAAAACAGCAGGAAAUUGAACUCCUGCAGAAGGCUCAGGUUGAAGCAAAGAAAGAACAUGAAGGCGCAGUUCAGCUGCUAGAGAACACCUUGGACAGCAUGCAGGCCAAGGUACGAGAGCUAGAGGAGAAAUGUCGGACACAGAGUGAACAGUUCAACCUCCUCUCCAAGGAACUGGAGAAGUUUCGGCAGCAAGCUGGAAAGAUUGAUCUCUUGAGCAGUAACUCAGUAGCAUCCUCAGAUGUUCUUGGCUCCCCUAGUAAAUCUCUGUCCCAGUUAAUGAACGGAAUAGCCACCUCCAUAGGCAAAGGUAACGAAAGCCCCUCUGGAAGUCGUUGUGUGAUUUCGGAGUUUAUACGACCCCUGCAGAUAUCCGGUGACAAACCAGAACAGUUGUCCGUCAAACCUACUUUUCUGUCCAGGUCAAGAUCCGGCAGCCCAAGAUGCAGAUUUGAUUCAGACGUGAGUCUUUUUAAGUUGAUGACAUUGGGAAUGUGUUUGAUCGGCCAGAGCCUUCCUUCUUCAAUGGGACAGAUGGAUAAUGAACGGAAUUCCAAUACCUCAAAGCAAAGAUAUUCUGGGAAAGUCCAUCUUUGCAUCGCCCGUUAUAGUUACAACCCGUUUGAUGGACCAAAUGAAAAUCCAGAAGCAGAGCUCCCCCUUACAGCAGGAAAAUACCUCUAUGUGUAUGGAGACAUGGAUGAAGAUGGCUUCUAUGAAGGUGAACUUCUAGAUGGACAAAGAGGACUGGUCCCUUCAAACUUUGUGGAUUUCGUUCAAGAUAAUGAGUCCCGUUUGUCAAGCACCAUAGGCAGCGAGCAGGAUCAGAAUUUUAUCAACCAUUCGGGUCAUGCUUUGGAAGGAGAUAGUCUACUGGAGCUCAAUCCGCCGAGUCACAUAGAGUCCAGUGUAAUCAACAAUGGCACGGGAACUCUUGAUAUGAACAUUGAUGAAAUUGGAGAAGACAUUGUGCCUUAUCCUAGAAAAAUCACCCUUAUUAAACAACUAGCCAAAAGUGUUAUUGUGGGCUGGGAGCCACCAGUAGUGCCACCUGGAUGGGGAACCAUUAAUAGCUACAAUGUCCUGGUUGACAAAGAAAUACGGAUGAAUGUGUCCUUUGGAAGCAGAACUAAAGCUCUUAUAGAAAAACUUAACACUGCUACUUGCACAUACCGAAUAUCAAUUCAGAGCAUUACGAGCAGGGGUACCUCAGAUGAGCUACUGUGCACUUUGUUAGUUGGGAAGGAUGUAAUUGUAGCACCCUCUCAUCUUAAGGUGGACAACAUAACCCAGAUUUCUGCUGAGCUGUUCUGGCUUCCUACCAAUAGUAAUUACAGUCAUGUGAUCUUUCUGAAUGAAGAAGAGUUCGACAUUGUCAAGUCUGCUAGCUACAAGUACCGUUUUUUUAAUUUGAAGCCCAACCUGGCCUACAAGGUGAAGGUCAUGGCAAAGCCCCAUCAGAUGCCCUGGCAGCUUCCUCUGGAGCAACGGGAAAAAAAGGAAGCCUUUGUGGAAUUUUCUACAUUGCCAGCAGGUCCUCCAGCUCCUCCUCAAGAUAUUACCAUACAGGCUGGGUCCACACCAGCUACUAUACAGGUGUCCUGGAAACCACCAACCCUUACAUCCACAGGGACCUCCAAUGGAGCAAAUGUUACUGGCUAUGGUGUUUAUGCAAAAGGCCAAAGGGUGGCAGAGGUGAUCUUUCCAACAGCAGAGAACACCUGCGUGGAGCUAAUGAGAAUACGAAAUGUAGAAGCUAAGGAAGUUACCGUGAGAACACUUUCUGCACAAGGGGAGUCUGAGGAUUCUUGUGUUGCUGCCAUUCCAUCUGACCUAUUGGUGCCUCCAAUCCCUCACCCUCGGACAGCUCCCAAAUCGAAGCCAUUAGCAAGUGCCGGGGCCCCAGAUACCAAAGAAGAACAUUUAAGUCCACGUUUAAAAAUGGAUGAGUCAUGGGAACAGACUUGUUCAGCAUCCCCCAUUCAUGGACACACUUUGGAGCCUCCUGCCCCCAUCUUUCAAAGCCCGCUUCAAGGAAGGAGGUCUCCCUCGCCUAAUCGAAUACUCCCUCAGCCGCAAGGCACACCCAUCCCCAACACUGUUGCUAAAGCCAUGGCGAGAGAAGCUGCCCAGCGGGUUGCAGAGAACAACAGGAUGGAGAGGAGGAGUGUGUUUAGCGAAAGGAGUAACAUGGUGCAUUAUGCAAACUCAGAUGAGGAGGAAGAUGGCUAUGAUUCUCCCAGCAUUAAAAGGAGAGGGGCUUCAGUCGACGAUUUCCUGAAAGGCUCAGAGCUUGGAAAGCAGCCACACUACUGCCAGAGUGAGGAGUACCACACGGAGAGCAGUAGGGGCUCCGACUUGUCCGAUAUUAUGGAGGAAGAUGAAGAAGAGUUGUACUCAGAAAUGCAGCUGGAGGAUGGAGGAAGAAGACGAGUCAGUGUAACAUCACACAACACACUCAAGGAAUGCUCUAAGAAUAGGACCACUGAAGCUGCUUUUUUGGAACAGCCUGACUUUUCACAGCAGAUACACCACAGUAAAAAGCUUUUCAGUAUCCCAGAAGUAGCCGAAGAGGAUGUUGAAUAUUCUGAACUAUUGCAGAAACAGGGUUUUGGUAUGCCCUAUAAAAUGAAACCUAUGGUAGCUAGAUGCACUAGACCACCUAGACCCUACAAUCAAGACAAACAGCAUAACUUUUGGUACCCAGCCAAGCACAGAAUUUCAGGCAUGGAGAAUUUUGCUUCAGAAGACAAAGGCUAUAACUACAGUAGAUCCUUAACGAGAAGCCCUGACAGCGGACUAGACUGUGGAAGUGAGGAAGAAGAAUCUCGUUUUACUUUCAGAAAUGCUUAUGAUUUGAUUUCUGCCAAUGUUGUGCCUAGCUGUUGUGCAGAGACAGAUAACUGUUCAUGCAGAAAAAGCACAAGACCAUUGCUUGCUCGCAGGAAAACUUUAACCAGGCAAAGCAGCAUUGAAGAAGACUUUGACGACUUGGGUCCUUCCUUUAUAGAGCCCAGAAGUGAGGAGGCCAAGCCCAGUUAUGAGAAGAAGUCUGAGACUCAAAAAUGCAAUAGAACAGAUAAUUUGACUAGCAAAGAUGUUCAGCGAUUCUGGAAGAUCAACUUACAAGUGAAUGACUCUAGGGCAGCUGUUCCACAUGCAGAGCCAUCCCACAGAGAUGCAGAAAACUCUCUGCUUUUAGGGAAUCCAUCAUCCACUGGACGACCUGACAGGGUGGAGCACACGGGUCGAAGGUUGUCUCAUGCCAGUGCAGUCCCACAAAGGUCUCGACCAAUGUUGGUCCCUUCCAUUGAAAUUACAAUGGACAGUAACAGUGAAGGCGGUCGGUCUCGGUCAGGUAGUGAGGGAAAUAUUUCACCUGUAAAAGAAGAAGCUUAUUAUCGCAGCAUUGAUGGACACAAGAAAUGGUCUCAGCAGCGUACCAUGGCCUCUGACUAUAGAUACGAUGGAUACUGUAGUCGGGACCAUCUUUCUCCAGAUAUUUAUGAAGAAUCAGAAACAGAUCCUGGCACAGAGGAUAUUUCUCCUCGAAUAUUUGUUGCCCUCUUUGACUAUGAUCCACUGACAAUGUCCCCCAAUCCUGAUGCUGCAGAAGAAGAGCUACCAUUUAAAGAAGGACAGAUCAUUAAGGUUUAUGGAGAUAAAGAUGCUGAUGGAUUCUACCGAGGAGAAACUUGCACAAGACUUGGCCUUAUUCCAUGUAAUAUGGUCUCUGAAAUCCAAGCAGAUGAUGAAGAAAUGAUGGAUCAGCUUCUGAAACAAGGGUUUCUUCCUCUGAAUACCCCUAUAGAAAAAAUAGUCAACUGUGACCGUUUCAAAGAGAGCACACGCUCUGUACACCGCAGAUCCAGAAAGUCUAAAAGAGAAAGGAACAGAAGGAGUGGCAGACAGCAUUCUGUGUCAACACGGAGGAUGGUGGCACUAUACGAUUAUGAUCCAAGAGAAAGUUCUCCUAACGUUGACGUGGAGGCUGAGCUUACCUUUUGUACAGGAGACAUUAUCACUGUCUUUGGUGAAAUAGAUGAAGAUGGGUUUUACUAUGGUGAACUUAAUGGACAGAAGGGGCUGGUUCCUUCAAACUUUCUUGAAGAAGUGCCUGAUGAUGUAGAAGUCUAUCUUUCUGAUGCACCAUCACGAUAUGUUCAAGAUACACCACUGCGUACAAAAGCAAAAAGGAAGAAGAGUGUUCAUUUCACACCUUAAUAAGGCAAUGUAGCCUUCACGUAAGUGAGCAACUGAAGAUACCAAUAAAGUUAUCAGUUAAAGCCACCUGACAAUAUCUAAUGCAACAGACUUGAAACUUAACUGUGAAAAAAAGAAAUAUGUCUCCAAAAAUCAAUGGCCCCAAAGUAACAGGAUACAGACAUUUACUGUAUGUACUUGUAAGUCAGUGUUUGCAUGAGACAAAAAAAUCCUCUGACAUGGCUAUUAAAGGGUUUUUUUCCCCCCCAUCUAAUUAGGAUUAACUUUAUGAAAGUCAGCAUUUGGAACAUAUUUCUCCAUGAGCUAAAUGUUUCUGUUUACAUCAAAAGAAGUGUUCAAUGUCUAAUUGUGCUACAGACGAAAGCUGCCUAUUGCAUUGUUAGCUAACCUGAGAUACACAAAUUCAUUAAGUUCCUAAAUACAGGAAAAAAGCACAACACCCACCCUUAAAUAAUAAGCAAAUGAGUUGUAAGCAGAUAAGUACAGAAGUUUACAGAUGUAUAGAGUUCUGAAACGCAAUCACAAAUAUCUGCUUAAAAUCUGUUUCCCACAAUCAAUUGUACCCCCGUUUGCUAUGACUAUAUCCAUUCAGUAAUUCUGAAAUAAUACACACACCCCCCCCGUAUGCCACAAUUUACUAGGACUGUCCGUAUUAGUGCAAAUGCUUAUGAAACACUUUAGCAGUGGUUUGGUUUACCAAUGCAAUAAAAAGUGUCAAUAUGAAACAUGCAGCUCACCCAAUGAAGCAUUAGACUAAAUAUAUGGUAUCUUCAGGUGUACGUUGGGGUGCUUUAUCAAGUUGUUUUUCAUUAGAAUUAGACCUUGAUUUAAAAAUCAAAGUAGGCUUGAAGUCCCUUUGCUUAAUAAACUGUUGCACAAUAAUACAGCAAACUGCUAAAUGUAUUAAUGUUGUCUUAACUGGAAUUAAAGAUAAUAGGGAUCCCUGAGGCAUGGUUUAUACUACACAGUAUCAUCUUACAACAUACAGUACCACAUUUUGUCAGCAGGGCACAGUAGUUGCCAUAGGAUGCGUAUAAAUAGUUAUAGUAGUUUCAUUCAAGUGCUUUUGAUGAUUAAAAUAGCUUUGUUUAAAAUACUAAGGAAUGCUGUCAUGUUCUCAGUAUUGUACAACAAGGGUUUAUCUUCACCAGGAAAUCAUAUAGCUGCAGCAUACACCAAGCAAUCAGGGUCUUUAAGCUUUCUUUGAUUGCAAUUAAGGUUCAUUUUAGCUUCCCCCCCCCUUUCUUUCAACCACUGUGCCAUCUUCUCAAAUACGUAUAUACAGUAUGCUAACCUGUUUUAACAAAACAUGUUCAAAGGACAUCAAAAACUAAGUGAUAAUCGUAUACAGUUUGAACAUACAGUAAUUCCUUCUGGAAAUUGUUUGGUAUAUAUAGAUGGAUCUAUAGUAUAUAAUCCACUUUGCUGUUUAAUUUUAAGAGUGCUGAAAUACAAAAUUUGUGAUUUUUGCCAAAACGAUGGCAAAGUAAGAAUCUCCAGCUCUGUUUAAAAAUGUAACCAACUUGAGGACCUACUGAAGUGUGUAUUUUUUGCUGUCUAUACCUUUGCUCACCAUUUUUUGUGGGAAGCUGUAUUUAUGUAUUGUCUGCAUUUCCCUAUGGCAUACUUAAAACUAUUGAAAGAAGAAUUGAGCCAGCCCUUUUUUUUUUUUUUUUUAAGUGGGUAAUGGGACAAAAAUUGUUACCAACUUUCUUGAUGAUGAGUGCUUUCAAACAUUCAGUAAACUAAAAUAAUAUACCUAAUAGGUUCCUCCUGAGAAUACAGGUACAUCAAGGAGAGCACCAUCUCCCACAGUCCAUCUCCAUUCUGGGUCACCUACGUCAUCUAUUGGUUCUGGUAGUCCUGGGAGAGGCAGGGAAAUGUCCUCGAAAAAGAAAAAGGGGCUGCUUUCCAAAGGCAAGAAACUGCUGAAAAAGCUGGGUGCAGUGAAAUGAUUCAUUUACUUCUGGACAACUUGUAAAGCUUCCAAGCUUGUUUUUUUUUUUAAACAAAAAACAAAAAACAGAACUUCAAACUAGGGCUUUCAUGACUAUAACAUACAUCUUUACAGAACCUUUGCAUUUUUAACCCUUUCUAACACCAGAGAAUCAUGAGACUUGUUUGAUCAAAACAGCAAGAAAAAAAGAAGUGGACUUCAGAGCAAUGUUGUCAAUAUCUGUUUUUCUUCAAAAAAAAGAUUUUGGGGAAUUAAGACUAGAAGGAUGUCAUCUUUUUAUUUCAAGGCACCUCCACACCUCUAACUCUAUUGGAUAAAUCUCUGCCUUUAUUCUCCUUUAACUUUGGGGGAAGCAGUAAAAUCUUAUUUGAGCUCUCUUCAAAAAUGCUCACUCCAAACUAGCCUAACGUUUAUCUUAAACGAAAAUGGUCUUGAAACUCCUAGUUUACUCAGUCUUGAUGUUUUGCCUUAUUAAUACACCAUUCGUACUGUCUAAAUAUACAGCGUAUACUUUGUAUGUACUGUGUAUUCAAAUGUCUUUUCAACCUCACAGACAUGGUAAUUUAAGAUCAGGUAAUGUGUUAUUGACUCCAUUUAAUGUCUGAUGUAAUUUUCUGGAGGCUGAAAAUGUUGUGCAGGAUGCAUUUUUAAACAUUUGUAUGAGUUCCUUUAGCAAACGUUCAGUAUACUAACAUGAUGUAGCGCCUAAACUAUCCAGAGAAUGCACACAGUGUUUUAAUCAUUCAAAAUCUUGUUUUAUAGCUCCUGGCACUAGUGUGAACAUUUCAGUAUUCUAAAUAAUAAUCAUCUUUGCUCCCCAAGUGUUCUCUCUUGUGAAGUGCAGUUUUAAGUUAAAAUCAUUUUUCAUGUUAUUGAUGUCUCAGAAUCAAGAUAAAAUGCAUGUCCUAGAUGCAGCAAUGAAAGAGGUGUAUGUUAUACACACAAGCUGUAGCCAGUUAAAAUGCUCUACCACUACAAAUCUUUCAAAACACUAAUUCUAAUAUUGGCUUCUUGCUUAAAACAAUCUUGCUGGCAGACAUUGGCAGUUACUAUUUUGUAAUUCUUGUCCAUUUGUAAAUUGUUUUUACUGUUUAUACAUACUUUUCAGACUGCCUUUCUUUUGUAAUUUAUGGAAGGUUUAUAAAUGAAGGAUCAAAGCUUUCCCCAUUGUGUCUUCAAAGAAUUAUAAUGUAAAUUACUGUAAGAUACUGUGUGCUAGAUUUAUGAAAUUAAAGAAAACUACUGGCCUAAAUUUGUGGUAAAGUAUUGUGUGGGCGUGUGCAUGUGUACAGUUAUUCAUGUGUAAAAUAUUUUAUAAAAUAAAUUUGAUAUUUUAUAGAA